AUGGAUCGUAACGAAAGUAAUGAUCUGACUGGAACAAGUGUAAUGCUACCUUUGGCAACAAUCGAAGAAGAUAUCGACGAGAUUGAUACUAUUACUGAUGAUAAUGAGAAUCACUUAUUGGAAUGUAAUUUCAUGACAAUUACGAGCAAUGAUGAGAAGAACGGCAGGAUGAGAAAUCCCAAUCCAUUACAUAUACACCAAUCAAAUAAUGAAAUAUCAACCGAGCCUGUUGCUUCAACUAUCCAACAUUAUCCUCCAAACGAAGACGAAUCUUGUAGUACUAAUAGUACUAUUGUUCCAUUCAUUGUCGUCACACACGAUGAAACUGGAACAAUUAUGCAAUCCGAAACAUCUACGGUUGGAACACCCUCAAGAUCACCUGUCAAUAUGGAUAACAUAAGUUUGAAAGAUUACUACAGUCCAACAUCUUGUCCUGGUUCGCCAAUUCUAUCUAGAAAACUUCUUUUAUCCAGAUCAACUGCUUCAACCUUAUCUCCACCUGGUGUUCCCUUAACAGCCAGUUCGACUAGUUUAGCAAGUGCAGGAAAACGACGCGGCCUAGGAUUAGCUAGCGCUCAACGAGCCAGUCACAAAAGAGCGCAUACAGGAAGAUCUUCUCUUGAUCACACACCCAAUGAAUUGUUUAUCGAGCUACAAGAAUUAAAAGAAGUCAGCGCAAAUGAAUACCAAUGGCAUGAAUGUGCUAGAUGGAUUCGAUACGAAGAAGACUAUGAUUUCGAAAUGGAACGAUGGCAAGCUCCGCGUAUCGGUUGUUUGAAUUUUCACAGUUUACUUGAAUUACGUCGAGGUUUACAAUACGGUAUCGUAUUGCUCGACCUUGAAGAACAGAAGCUUGAGUCUAUAUACGAAGCGAUUCUUAAUGAUGCUAUUGCUAAUGGACAGAUGAAUAAAGAUGUUAAAGAUGAAAUUCUUCGUCGUUUAACAAGCGUUCACAAACAUCCUGAAGCACGUUCUUAUCGUCGUCGAUCGUCAACCGUCGAUUGUCCUCCAGCGGCCUCGGGUCGUCGAUCAAGUUUAGCCUUUCGUAAGAAUGAACAGAUCAGUCUCGAAGUCAACAAUCGACGCAUGAGUCUUCUCGAUUCCAAAGCCAAUGGUGAAAUGAAAAAUCUGCGUAAUCUUGUAGUCAAAUACGAGAAUGCAGAAGAAGUCAUUGCGGCUGAUUCGCAGCCGAAAAAGUAUUUGCCGGAACAAGCUGACUCGGGUACUGAUUAUAAUAGUAAUGAUAGUGUCAAUCAAGCUCCUCGUUUAUCUGUUACGCAAGGUGUUUUUAUUCAACGACAAGCGCAAGGUUCAGGAAAGAAAAAUCGUGAUUCAAAUCCAUAUAAAUCUGAUGUCAUGCGGUGCGUUUCGGAGAAUGCGGAAUGCGCUGAAGUGUUAAUUGGUAGUAUACGCAAUUUAACUCGGCCCAUUAUGGCAUUUGUUCGUCUUUCACAUGGCCAACUUAUUGAUGACAUCACUGAGGUGCCAUUACCGCUUCGAUUUCUGUUCCUAUUAGUCGGUCCAGCCAUGGAGGAAUAUCUUGAAAUCGGCCGUGCAUUGAGCACACUUUUUAGUACUUUGGACUUCCGAGAAACAGCCUAUCAAGCAAUGGAUCGUCGUGACCUUCUCCAUGGUAUUAAUGACUUUCUUUCAGAUUCCAUUGUUUUGCCACCGGGCGACUUUGAUAAAGAAUUGUUACUACCGAUUAUUGAAACGAAUAAAAUGAAAAAAAUGAAUAUCAAACGGCGAUCAACUCGUCUACAAUCGCAACAUAUUGAUCGACUGCAUGACACUGAGCACCAACCAUCACAAGCAGCAAAGAUUUUAUUAUCCCAGAUGUCGACGUUAUCACGUGAUAAACACGACGAAGAUCCAUUUCAACGCAGUGGUUUUGUCUUCGGUGGUGUUUGUCGAGAGAUGCGUCGCCGUUACGAUCACUACAAAUCCGAUUUUCUCGAUGCAUUCAGUUUGAAUUGCUUUGUUAGUCUCGUCUUCAUGUUCAUUGCAUGUCUUGCACCAGCCUUAACAUUCGGUGGCAUCAUAGCUGAUAAAACAAAUAAUCGAUUAGGUGUGAACGAAAUGUUAAUGGCCUCGUCAGUGAACGGUUUUUUAUUUGGAUUUGUUAGCGGACAGCCAUUGAUGAUCCUUGGACCAACUGGCCCAUUUCUUGUCUUUGAAGAAAUGGUUUACGAUCUCUGCCAUUCACUACAAGCAGACUUCUGGACUGUCCGCUGUUGUGUUAGUCUUUGGACUACGUUUUUUAUCAUCAUAUUAGUGGCCUUUGAAGGAAGUUUUAUGAUUCGUCAUGUAACACGGUUUACCGAAGAAAUUUUUGCACUUAUCAUUGCUGUUAUUUAUCUCUACGAACCUUUCAAAAAACUAUACAAGAUCUUCCUUUCGAAUCCCGUUCGAUCGAACUAUUAUUACGAUUAUCCCUUGUCUUGUUCCUGUAAUAUGUCCUCGCUAUUCAAUACGACAUUGUCAUUCGAAAGUUCCUACCCAUCUUCGGAUAAUUAUUCAUUUUCGUCGUCCUUAGCAAACUAUUCAUGCUAUCAAUGCAUACCACCGAAACGUUUUACGUCACCAUCUUCAUCUCUAAGAACAAACUAUACAUCGAUUUCAAGUGAUGAAGCUAAUUUGCCGAAUAAAGCACUUCUUUCAUUUAUUAUUCUUCUUGGUACGUGCUUCAUUGCGGUGGCACUGAAACGUUUUCGGCGAAGUAAUUUUUUUGGUCGAACAACAAGACAAACAUUGAGUGAUUUCGGAAUGACAAUCGCUUUGAUAUGUAUGGUGCUGUUUGAUAUGUUAAUAACACGAAAUGCUGGUGGUCAUAGUUUAACUCAAAAAAUUACUGUACCAAGGUCUAUUCGGCCAAGUGAUCGAGAACGUGGAAAUCUAUGGUUUAUAUCGCCAUUUCGUCGAAGUAUUCCGUAUUGGGCUUACUUCGCAUCAUCAUUUCCUGCUAUACUGAUCUCUGUGGUGCUGUUUUUUGAAGUAGAAUUAACUAGCAUUAUGAUACAAUCGAAACUCAAAUGUGUUCAUUCAUCAAAAGUGAUCAAAGGAACUGGUUAUCAUCUUGAUAUACUCAUUGCAGGUGUUUUGAUAUCAAUCAGUGGACUGUUCGGUCUUCCAUGGAUCUGUGCAGCACCUGUUCGGAGUAUUGCUCAUGUUGCUAGUCUCUCACGAUACAGUAAAACCCAUGCACCAGGAGAAAAGCCUCGUCUAAUUGACAUCAAGGAUCAACGCUUGACAAACAUUGGCGUUCAUAUUCUUAUUGGUUGUACGAUAUUUGCAGGACCUAUUAUUCGUAAGAUUCCAGUGGCUGCUUUAUUUGGUAUUUUUUUAUACUUUGGUAUUGUUUCCAUCCCCGGCACACAACUAUUCAGUCGAGUGAAAAUGAUCUUUAUUCCAGCGAAAUACCACCCCAACGUUGGAUAUUUGAGACGAGUUCGACAAACGAAACGUUUUAUCUAUACAAUUAUUCAAAUGAUUGCUGCUGGAUUGUUAAUCUCAAUCAAGAUCACCAGCUUUGCUUUUCUUUUCCCCUUUAUACUUGUUUUACUUGUUCCAUUUCGCAAAUGGUGUCUUCCGUGUGUAUUCACCGAACGAGAACUCAACGAACUCGAUGGAGAUGAAGAAGAAGGAAGUAUUUUCGAUGACGAAACUGAUUUCUAUGGUCAAGUACAUUUACCAAUCUAA